GAUCGAAGAUGGGAUAAGAAAUUUGGUACUCCGUAUAAAGGAUCCCAUCCCGUAAUUUUGACUUUCCUCUUCGCAGCAAAUCCACCUGCAUCAUUUCUCCACAGCCAUCAAUGGCUUGGGCAGGUAUGACUGAUUCACAGAAAGAUGUAAAGGCUUUAGCGUUGGGGUGGAAGAUAGAGAAAAGGGGUACAGAAAUGUCAAGGAUACCAUGGGAUCCCUUGUAUUGGCUACUGCGCAUAUUGGGGGAAGAUGAUGCAGAGCAACUCAGGGCUUUGUUGGAAGAUCACAAGGAAGAGAUUGGCGCCUCGACAUACCCGGAGUUGUUGGAAGAGUGCCUUUCAUUGAGGGCUAAGAACUGCGUCUUUCUUAUGCUUAACCCUCAUGUUGGCAGCGGCGGUAUGGCUCCUUUUUCUAGCCCAGAUGUUUUCCGGAGAGCGUUGCGUAUCGAUCACUGUGACCCCGAAAUUGUUGGGUUUCUAUUUAAGAAUUUUGGUGGCAAACAGUUUGCAAAUGAGCCUUGUCAUCUUGGUUAUCUUCCCAUCCAUGUGCUCCUCUGUCAACUCCAUAAGGUGUUCCCUUUGUCCCAAUGGCCUCGAGAUGAUGCUCUUGUCAAGCUUCUCAUCCUACUUUGCCACCCUAAGCUCAGGGAAAAACUGGAGUGUGUACGCUUGCUUGCUGAUUACACUGACUCCAUUCACCAUGUUGCGGUUUCCUUACUCUAUAAUGGCGAUGUUAUCGAGUUGGCUGCCUUGCUUCUGCUCACUCAUCCGACUAUUCUCCCUUCUUUGAAAUCAGUUUGUUCAUCAACCAAUGCUAUGAAUGAUGUGCUUUCACGAGCUAUCGUUGGCAAAUUUCCAAAUCUAAGUGGGUUUGGAUUGAUUGAUAUAUUUGACAAGGCUGGCGAUUCACUCACCCACUUCUACACUUCAAUGCCUUCAGAUAUUUCUGGUGAGGACCUGAUAAAGGGUGUUGCUAAGAUUCUCAUCCGCGAUGCAAACAUAUCAAUAUCUAAAAAGGAUGUCGACUUGGGCGGGGUUUUGAGUGUGGAUCCUGAUUUGAUGCCUUCCAUUCACGAAUAUCUGAGUAUUAAAAUGGAUGAUGGCAUGGACAAGGGUCCCAACCCUGAUUUCCGCUCCAUGAGAGCUGUUGAUUACCGAUGUUUCGUGACACCUAUGGGAGAUGGGUUUACAAGGGUGUCACCUGCUCAAUGGAAACGAUACCAGAGGUUGGGGAGAGAACUAUAUCACACUCAGGCAUUCCAAAGCCCAAAACUAAGCUCAAAUUCUCAGGCUUGGGUUGCUCCAUCUCCAUCAGUAAGGGGCAUGACAUCCCUGGCAAUGAGACUUAAAAGGGCGAUCAGGUUUUUCUGAUUGUGUUGCUGGCCACAGAUGUGGGAUAUUUCUACUCUUACAAGAGUAGUAAGAAUGAAUCAUGUUGGUGUAACAUUAGUCUCAACUCUAGCAAAGUCUUGUGGAUUAUUAUGUUGUCGCUUGAAUCAUGUUGGUGUAACAUUAGUCAACUCUAGCAAAGCCUUGUGGAUUAUUAUGUUGUCGCCUCGACUCUACUGGUGUGAUUUAUUUUGGAGUGAUUUGUAUAUCUGGAGAUGCGGUUCUACUUACUAUUCAA